AUGUGGAAUGGUGCUGGAGUUCUCAGACGAUCAGAGGAUUCAGCCACCAGAGCCGGUGGGAAUGUGACCCUUUGUUGCUGGCGGGCGGGCAGACGGGAUCCCGAGGCCGGGAGCUUUCAGGCCGUGAUUGCUGGCGCCCAUCCGCGCACAGGGACCGGACCCCUUCAGCCCGGUGCCACCGGGCGGGGCGGGGAAGGCAGAAGGGCGUUCCGAGGAGCUGUUCCUUGCUCGGGGCCGGUCCCCGCAGACCGGCGCUUUCCCGGCCGGCCGAGCCACUUUCGUUUCCCGCUGGCUCCUCCUCCGCCGGCGCCGCUUCGCUCUGCAGCUGGCCCGGCUUUCAGCUCCCGGCUUUCAGCUCCCGGCUCCCGGCUUUCAGCUCCCGGCUCCAGGCUCCCGGCUUUCAGCUCCCGGCUUUCUGCUCCCGGCUUUCUGCUCCCGGGGUCACCGCGCUCCCGGCCCGUGGUCCGAGCCCUGCCGCCCUCCGGCAGCGCCCUCCGGCAGCGGCUGCGCCAGUGUGCAGAACGGAUCCCAGAGGCUGAAGCGGUGCUCGACCUGCUGGAGAAAUGCCCAGGGCACCAAAAAAAAGGAGGUUUUCCCGUCAUAGUUUUUGAGGGGCUGGAUGCCACGGGCAAAACCACAGUGACCCAGGCUGUUAAGGACACCCUGAAUGGAGUUCUGCUGCGGUCCCCACCAGCUUGCAUCAGCCAGUGGAGGACUGUAUUUGAUGAUGAGCCAACACCCAUUAAAAGAGCAUUUUAUGCUGCGGGCAACUACAUUCUGGCUUCAGAGAUAGCGAAAGCAUCCACUCAGGCACCUGUGAUCAUAGACAGAUACUGGCACAGCACAGCUGCCUACACAAUUGCCACUGAAACAAGUGGGAAAGUCCAGGAUCUUCCACCAGCUCAAGAUGAGGUGUAUCAGUGGCCUGAAGAUCUGCUUAAACCAGACCUUGUUCUUCUCCUGACUGUUGACCCUGAAGAACGAGUCCGGAGACUUCAGCAUCGGGGGCUGGAGAAAACAAAGGAGGAAGCUGAGUUGGAAGCUAACAGCUUGUUUCGCCAAAGAGUUGAAGAGUCAUACAGAAGGAUGGUGAAUCCUGCAUGCCAAGAGGUUGAUGCCAGCCCCUCCAAGGAAGAGGUUCUCAAGACUGUUCUACAACUAAUUAAGAAACACUGUGCUUUUUGAAAGUAACUUUUGUGUAGGAGCACUUAAAAGCUACUUUUUAUUGCCCCAGUGGCUUUGGUACCUGAAAAUGCACAGUGAUUUUUGUCUCACAGAAAUACUGAAUAUGGUUUUAUUCUGACCACAGUAAUCUGUGCAGGUUAACUGUUUUGUGGUUGCUACUGUACUGUACUUAUACUUUUCUGUAUAAGGCAAAAUGCUACUCAUGUCAUUCAGCAUUCUUAGUAAGGAAACAAACAUACUGCAGUCCUGCAUGAAGUACCUCAGAGUGCUCUCUGACACCAGGACAUUUUGAGGUGCUAUCAUGUUGCAUCUUCAUCAUCAGGAGAACAUGUUCCCCAAUCCAUUGUGUACCAAAAUUUGCUGCACUGCAUCAGGAGCAUUAGAUGCCCAAGGAGAGGCUUAUAUAUCAUCAGCACUAAAACAAUAAAGUUAUCAUAACAUUUAAGAACAGAAAAUCCAGUGCCCAGUGUGGUAUUUCUUUGAAAUAGAGGAUGAGCAGCUGUUGCUGUGAUGGGCAUCCUGGAAAAAAACCUGUUGUAAAUGACUGCCAGUAAACACCAAGGGCUGUAAGUAAUAAAGUCUAAGUCUGUUUAUAUAUGCAACUGAAAUAUCAAUUAUUUUCAGAGGGAAACCAGACAAUGCCAGCAAAUGAGAAACAGAAAUCUGAGGUGAACCCAAAAUUAACAGCUUAUAAAUGAUCACUGAAAUAUUUUUUACAAAACCUUUUCUCUAUCCAAUUAAUAUUUGUUAAUGAGAACUAGUAAUCUUUUGAGAGAAUGUAAAAUGAAAAACCACAGAGAUUCUGAGCAAUGGGUAUGAUUGCACCUUUUCAGUUAAUCUUUUCUUUCUUGUGUGGGUGUUUGAACAGGCUGAAUGGGAAAGGCUACAUCAAGACUUUAUUUUUACUUUAUUUUCAUGUACAUUAGUUUAAUUAUUGUUACUCUUAAGUGUAAAACUAAAUAUAUGGAUAAGCCUUUGUGAGGUCAGAAAUAAAUCUGCAUUUCCAAAAAAAAAGAGCUGAAAAUGUAAAUUUGAUUUAAAACACUUUUACUUACUUUUCUGUUUUAAGCAAGUGCAAUUAUCAAUGAAUCUGUACUCUAAAUAAAAAUAUACUUAGUAGUGUAGUUCCUAUAUCCAGUCUGUAUUUACAAGGUUAUAGAAAGAAAAACUUCUAAAAAUAUA